AUGGAGAAGGUCCAGCACAUAACCCGCUCUGCCAUGAGGAGAGCCUCAACUAUUGAGGUGAACCCACAAACACGCCAAAAGCUCCAGGAGCUCUUUAUAAAUUUUUGUCUUAUUUUAAUAUGCCUCUUGCUUAUCUGUAUCCUUGUGAUGCUUCUCUGA